UUACGAACAUGGAGACGAACGUUGAAAGAAUUUCAUAACGUUGCUCUAUUUUUUAUGUGUGUGUUCACGCACACUGCUUUACUACAUACUACUUUAGAGAGCACAGCUAUGUGUCUGGCAAGAGAGGAAAUGGGUGUCUUGACUUAUCAAACGUCAUCCUGUGUGGGAGAAAAAGGCAAGAUGUCUCAGUGGAAAGCGGUUUGGAGAGAGGGGAUGAGAAAGAAGAAGGGAGGGAUUUGUUAGUCACACGAUGUAUAUAUUACUGUGUCACAAAAGACUUCAGGUUUGUCUGAAGUCUUUGUUGGAGGACAUGCUUCACUUAAAUCCAGAGCUUGUUGGGAAUAGUAAGGAAAUGAAAUGGCAAGAUAACGGAGGAGAAAGAAAAUGCAUCUUGGUUUGAUGUUACUUUAGAGAGUCUAGCACUGACGGUUUAUGUCAGGCCAUACUUGAGGUUUUACGGUGUGAGCAGCAAGUUUACAGAGGAGCACUCGAAGACACGCAACGAUGAGAGAGACUAUGUGGAUUUAUGUCGUGAUCCUGUUCUUGUCUGAAACACAGAGCGUGGAAUCAGGUUUGACAUGUUAACUCAUUUUUCUUGCAUUUGUUUUUCAGCUUUCACUACUCACAUUUUCUUAAGAGUGAGCAACCUUCACAAAUGUAAUACAUAAUGACAAACUCCAUGCGGAUUCAUGUGGUUUACGACACAAGAACUACUGAAAGGGCCCCUGUGAACACCACUUUUCCUCCUAUCACUGAACGCAGAAAUGAACUUUUCAGUAAUGGGAGUGAUGCUAAUCUGACAUGCACCGAUAAGAUGUGGAAUGAGACAUUUUAUGUUAUCUGGAAAAUUAAAUUGAUUAACAAAACCCGUUGUGAGAUCAACUUUGACAGUUAUGGUCGAAACUCAGACACCUGCAAUGAUGGAAAGUCACUCCGAAACACAUCCAAUUCUCAGCCAUAUCUACACAUCCCAAAGUUCUCAGAAGAUGAUGUGGGAAUCUACACGUGUGAGUUUGCUUACAGAGGAGGAGCUACCAAUUGUGAAAUCCACGUGAAUAUCACAGUGACUCCUGAAAUAAAAGCCUGGAUAGAGUACAAAGACAACACAAUGGUAGCAGUAUGUAGAGCUGAAAAUGGAAAUCCUGCAGCCAACAUCAGCUGGAAUCAUGCACGAAAUUCUUCUGUGCAACAACUGCCUGGGAUAAAUGGACUUUUUACAGUAGAAAGUCGUUUGGAGCUUCCUGAAGGCAUAGAUCCAGAAAACCUGAGCUGCACCAUCAGUCACCAGAACCUGAACAAGAUUGUAUUUUUGGAAUAUCAAAAAGUUAAAGUUUAUUCUCUCUGGCUGUAUGCACUCAUAGCUGGGAUAAUAAUUGCAUUUUUAGCGGGACUCUUAUUUUUUUUGGUCAUGAAGCUGAGGCAACACCAACAGUCAGAUACCUCCUCCUCCAAAUCCCCACCGAUAGAGGAUGUGGAGGAAGUGGAGCCCUAUGCUAGCUAUGUUCAACGUGUGAACUCUAUCUAUAACUGAUCUGCAGAUAUGUUCACAAUGACAAAAGAAAAAGAAAAAAGAGCGUGCACAUGCAUCACAGCCUAAAUGCAACAAGUCUUUGUGAGAAACUGAGGGCUGUGAAACUGAGAAAGGGUGAAAUAGUAAAGAGAGGGAAGGAUCAAAGAUUUUCUCUGAAAGAGGAACGUUUCUCGCUUUAAAUGUAUCCUAAUAAACACUUAACUAAUGGAACGGGGGAUGUACCUGAUGUCUGCCCACCACUUUGUGUGGGUCUCAAGGAGAACAUUAACUAAAAAAUGCACUGAACUGCUGAAAUGAGGAGGCUCUUGAGCCACAUGCAGCAUGUAAGACUACAGAACUACAGACUUUUGAUAAUGCUGAUGAAAUAUAUUGGCUACAAUUAUGUACAAAUACACUUAUUUAAACAUUAACAGUUAAAUAGAUGAUCAUUUCUUACAUAGAAUCAUGCUGGAGUGGCUACAGUACAAGCACCAAGCAACGAAAACAUGCAUUUUAAUCACAUAGCUGUCUCAAGGUAAUGUGGACAAUGCCAUGUGAAGUAUUUAUGUUAUGUAUGAAUGUGAGAUGAUAUGAUUCUUUGUAUUAAAGUGCAUGUAUAAAUGCUGACUUC